UCUCUUUUGGUGUGGGAUUGACUCUGCUCCUCACUCUGUUUGAAGUGUAACCGUGAUGCGUGUGUUCAUUUUUUUCUCCAGUAAAUUGGCUACUGGUUUUGCUUUCGCUAAAACAUGCGUCAAUGUCGCUACAUUUCUACGGAUUAAUGCAUACGCAAAAUAUUGAUACGUUCAACACAACGUGAAUAUGGAUUUUAUCUUUGUUUCAAUACUUUUUAUAUUUAUCGACGCGAUUUACGCAGUGUCCCGCUAUGGAAAUCUCCAACCAUACAUGCCCAACGUGUGUGCAGAGCGGGAAGUGAUGCUCGUUGCCCAAAGGCAGCCCUGUGUGCAGGCCUUCACACGCAUGGUCAAGGUCUGGAAGCAAGGCUGCCUAGGACAGAACUGGUGCAUGGGAUACGAGAGAAGGACAGCGUAUUACACAGCAUACAGACAAGUCUACAGACAAGACUACCGGGCGGUUUACAAGUGCUGUCCUGGAUGGUCUCAACUCAACGGAGAGGCUGGCUGCUUGUAUCCGGUGUGCAGCUACGGCGUGUGCUUCAACGGGGGCCAGUGUCGACAAGGAUCCCGCUCCAGCUCCCAGCUCUGUGAUUGUCCUGCUGGCUUCAAUGGGCCCAGUUGCCAGUAUGAUGUAAAUGAGUGUGAGGAGACUAACGGCGGUUGUGAGGCUCUGUGCUGCAACACCAUCGGCAGCUUCUACUGCAAGUGUCCUUCUGGUGAGCAGGUGAAGGACGACGGCAGGACCUGCCAAGAUAUUGAUGAGUGCCAGGUCCACAACGGGGGCUGCCAGCACGGUUGUGUGAACUCCAGGGGCUCCUAUCACUGUGAAUGUAACCCAGGCUCUCGACUCCAUGUGGAUGGACGCACCUGCAUCGCUGUCCAGUCAUGUGGAAUCAGUAAUGGAGGAUGUGAGCAUUUCUGUGUACAGCAGUCCCCUGCUGCCUUCCGCUGCCGCUGUAGAGACCAAUAUGUGCUGGCUGAAGAUGGCAAGCACUGCAAAUUGGAGAAUCCAUGUCUAGAUAAGAAUGGUGGCUGCCAGCAUGACUGUCUUGUUGAUCGUGGAAAGGCCCACUGUGAAUGUAGAAAUGGGUACAAGCUGGCAGAGGACAGGAAGACCUGUGAGGAUAUUGAUGAGUGUGAGUCGGAGCAGACGGGCUGUGCUCAUGGCUGCCACAACAUCCCGGGCUCCUUUGCCUGUGUGUGUGACACUGCCUACGAGCUGGGAGCAGACGGACGCCAGUGCUACCGAAUUGAGAUGGAGAUCGUCAACAGCUGUGAGAGCAACAACGGAGGCUGCUCCCAUCACUGCCAGCACUCCACCGGCGGCCCUGUCUGUAGCUGUAACCAGGGUUACCGACUGGAGGAGGACCUCAAGACCUGUGUUGACCUGGACGAGUGUGGAGAGGGAAGCUCCUGCUGCGAGCAGGACUGUACCAACUACCCUGGGGGCUAUGAGUGCUACUGCACAGCGGGGUACCGCCUCAACUCAGUCGGAUGUAGCUGUGAUGAUGUGGAUGAAUGUCUGGCAGCUAACGGUGGCUGUGAUCACAUGUGCCAGAACACCGCCGGCUCCUUCCAGUGUUUCUGCCGCCGAGGCUUUCGUCUGGACGAGGACCGACACUCCUGUGAACCGCUGGAGAAUACAGUUGAGGCCCUGUAUAGUGGGGGCCAGGAUGCCGUGGGGCCCCUGCCUCAGCCUCAGCUCACCCUGCUGCAGGACUACAACCAGCCCCUGGAGCGCUAUGAUGACUAUGAGGAUGACGACACUGGAGAGCUGCUGGCUGAGAGCAUGUUGGCAGAGAAAUUUGUGUGUCUGAACAACACGUUUGGCCAUGACUGCAGUCUGACCUGUGAAGACUGUUCUAACGGAGGGCUGUGUGGCCCAGGGAGAGAUGGAUGUCACUGUCCCGAUGGAUGGACAGGCCUCAUUUGCAACCAGACUUGUCCUGAAGGAUCCUUUGGCAAGAACUGCUCAUUUCCCUGUAAGUGUAUGAACGGAGCCACCUGUGAUCCUGUUAAUGGGAACUGUCGCUGCCCACCUGGCGUCAGUGGAGACAUGUGCCAGGAUGGCUGUCCUAAGGGCUUCUAUGGGAAACAGUGCAAUAAGAAGUGUAACUGUGCCUGUAACGGGCGCUGCCACCGCACCUACGGAGCCUGUCUGUGUGACCCUGGACUCUACGGGAGGUUCUGCCAUCUACCAUGUCCCAAGUGGGCCUUUGGACCGGGCUGUUCAGAGGAGUGUCAUUGUGUCCAACAGAACACUCUAGAGUGUCACCGUCGCCAUGGCACCUGUGUCUGCAAGCCCGGUUGGCAAGGCAAUGCAUGCAGGGAAGAGUGUGACCCAGGCACGUUUGGCCCAGGCUGUGAGAACAAGUGUGAGUGCCCGUUUGGACUGUCUUGUGAUCAUGUGACUGGGAAGUGCCAACGUCUGUGCCCGGCUGGUCUCCGUGGAGACACCUGUGAUCAAGCCUGUCCAGAGGGGAGGUUUGGGCCAGGCUGCCCUCAGGCCUGUGACUGCUCAGGGGCUCCAUGUGACAGAGUGAGUGGCCAGUGUCAGUGUCCUGCUGGAACAUCAGGAAAACGCUGUGAGAAUUUGUGUGUGGAGGGAUCCUGGGGCACGGGCUGCCAUGAGGCCUGUCCAGUCUGUGAGAAUGGAGGAGUGUGUGACAAACACAACGGAACCUGUUCCUGUCCUCCUGGGUACAUGGGCAGGCUCUGUCAGAACUCAUGUCCGGCAGGACGGUUUGGUGUUGGAUGCCAGCUGCGCUGCGUGUGUGAAAACAGUGGGAGCUGCCACCCUGUCACGGGCCGUUGUACUUGUAACCCUGGCUGGGCAGGACAUAACUGCAGGAAAGCCUGUGACUCUGGGCGCUGGGGAGUGGACUGUGCUGAGAAAUGUGACUGUAAGAAUGGGGAUGGGAGCUGUGACGCAGUGACAGGCCAGUGUAACUGUGAGGCCGGCUACACAGGGACACAAUGCCAUGAAGAGUGUCCAGUGGGGUCUUUCGGUCUGGGCUGUCGGCAUCACUGCCAGUGUGACAACAAGGGGUCAUGUGACCAUGUCAGUGGAGCAUGCAUCUGCCUGGUGGGCUGGACUGGAACCUUCUGUGAGAAACCCUGUCCCCAGGGCUUCUAUGGGGCAGACUGCCAGGAGAAGUGUGUCUGUCUGAAUGGAGGUCACUGCAACCAUGUCACUGGGACAUGUGUGUGUCCAGCUGGUUGGAUCGGUCCCACCUGCAAACUGACAUGCCCGGCUGGUUUCUAUGGGGAGGGCUGUAACCAAACCUGCGGUUGCCAUAAUAAUGACAACUGCCACCCGGCGAACGGGCAGUGUGUCUGUACACCUGGCUGGACAGGGCCCAGCUGCUCACAGGAAUGCCCAGUGGGCUUCUAUGGGGCGGACUGCCGUCAGCACUGCCUGUGUCAGAAUGGAGCCAAAUGUGACCGAAUCAGUGGGCAAUGUACCUGUGCCAACGGGUGGAUGGGCGCAGCCUGCGGGCUAGAGUGUGUAUCAGGGCGGUUCGGGGCCGACUGCCAGCAGCAGUGUCAGUGUGAGAAUGGGGGCCACUGCGACAGACAGACGGGCCAGUGCAACUGUGGUCCUGGCUGGGUCGGAGAGCGCUGUGAAAAAGCCUGUGGGUCAGGCCUGUUUGGAGCUGGCUGUGAGGAGAGUUGUCAGUGUGAGCAUAUAGCCCCCUGUCACCACGUUACUGGGCACUGCCUCUGUCCACCAGGUUGGAGGGGACCCCAUUGUGAUAAAGCCUGUUUACCUGGAACCUAUGGCAAGGGCUGUGUGCAACGCUGCACCUGUCCCCAGGGUACUUCCUGUCACCAUGUCUCUGGGGAGUGUGGCUGUCCCCCUGGACUCACUGGCAAUGGCUGUGAACAGACCUGUCUGUCAGGGACACAUGGACUCAACUGUAACCAGGUGUGCCAGUGUUCUGAGACCAACCAGCUCUGCCACCCAGUGACUGGGUUGUGUUACUGCGCACCAGGCUUCCAAGGUCCUAAAUGUAACCAGGAGUGUCAGGAAGGUUGGUAUGGCACCACCAGCCUGUCUAGUGUCCACGAGAGUGCCAGUCUGUCCACCUCUGGAACCUGUGAAUGCACAGCAGGGUUCAUCGGAGCACACUGCAACAUCACGUGCCCAGCUGGUCGUUAUGGGCAGGACUGUGCCCGCGUGACACUGUGUGGAGAGGGGGCACAGAAUGAUCCUGUAACUGGUAGAUGUCACUGCAGCCCUGGGCGAAGAGGAGAGGACUGUGGACAAGGCUGUGCUCCUGGUUGGUUUGGAGAGGACUGUGCUAUCCUCUGUAACUGCACUAACGGAGGACUGUGUGACUCUGUCUCUGGAAGCUGUACCUGUGGUCUGGGCUGGACUGGGGCUCACUGUGACACAGAAUGUCCUCCGGGGACAUUUGGAGGUAACUGCCAGCUGAAGUGUGACUGCUGGAACAAUGGCACCUGUGACAGGGUGACUGGAACCUGUCAGUGUGGUCCAGGAUACUACGGACAUCAGUGUGAACAUGCGUGCCCCCCUGGUCUCCAUGGCCCUCUGUGCCAACUCCAGUGUACCUGUCUGAACAAGGCGUCCUGCAACCCCUCCACUGGGUUCUGUGUCUGUCCUCCAGGGUACCAUGGCUCCCGCUGUCACAGAGAGUGUCAACAGGGCACGUUUGGUGUGAACUGUGCCAAGUCAUGUGACUGUGAGGAGGGCACGCCCUGUGACCCUGUGAGUGGCAGGUGUCUGUGCACCUCAGGCAAGACUGGACCCAGGUGUGACACUGCCUGCAAAGCAAACCGCUAUGGGCCAGACUGCACAGAGAGCUGUGUGUGUUACAACGCGGCUCACUGUGACCAUCGGAACGGCCGCUGCACAUGUCUCAACAGCUGGAUCGGACUCACCUGUCAGGAAGGUGGGCCUCCACGCCUCCCCUACAGAAGCAGGAGGGAGGAUAACGCACAUCUAGACAAUGCGUUAUAGCGCCCCCUUUUGGUCGGAGGCUCCAAUCACCAAUGAGCCUCCGACUGGAAGAGGCUGGGGCAGCACAAGCUUCGCUGAAGCCGAACUGAAUUAAAAGGUUGGAUAUUAUUAUUUCAGACAUACACACCCCAACGGGACAGGAUACUGCUGCACCCACAGGAGCUGGAUGACAGACAUGGAGAAAUGGACUCGAAGGAGAAAUGUUCUCAGUGUUUGCUCUACGGUGGAUAAUGCUUUGGUGUGUGUGUAUGCUGUGAACUGUGCAGGGCUUUCAUUGUUUGUGUUCAUGUGCAUACUGUAUGCAUGUGCAUCUCCCACUCAGGCAUGGCCUAACUCAUCAGUGAUGAGGUACGGUAUGUUGUGACCCCCUUUCUGGUAGUUAGAGGGCGGCCAGUGUUUACCAGGACUAGGAGCUCUAUUCAUUGUGUGUCGCUGAAGCGUUCAAUUUAAAGGUAAUGACCUAUUGGCCGACAUCUGCAGCGUUUCCCUUGCAUGCAGUGUCUGCUAAAGCAGGAACAUUGCCUUUAAAUUCAAAUCAAGCUGUACACACUCCCCCCUGGACAAACCACGCGGGAUAUAGAUGUGUUUGGCGACAGCUGCUGAACAUCCAACACUAACACUCAUUUUUUAUUUCAGAGAUUCACCGACUCACUAUUGUACUUGAUAUUUGUUUUGUAUACUAAGCAAUGCUAUACUAUUGUAUGUAUUUGUUUUGUAUACUAUGCAAUGCAAUGCUAUACUAUUGUACUUGAUAUUUGUUUUGUAUACUAUGCAAUACUAUUGUAUGUAUUUGUUUUGUAUACUAUGCAAUGCUAUACUAUUGUAUGUAUUUGUUUUGUAUACUAUGCAAUGCUA